GGCUGAUCGCACCAUGAUGGACCUUUUCGAGACCAAUACGUUUCUUUUUAACGAUUUGCGCUAUCUGGAAGCGGACCAUGGAACUCUGCAGCACCUGGAUGUGCCGGAAGUUUCUCCACUCUAUGAGGAGGAGGAGAGUCCUGAGUCUCCGAGCCAAGACGGCGGAGAGGAACAUGUUUUUGUCCCAAAAGCGUUAAAGCCACACUGCGAUGGUCAGUGUUUAAUCUGGGCCUGUAAAAUCUGCAAGAGGAAGUCAGGCCCAACGGACAGGAGGAAAGCAGCGACUCUGCGUGAAAGAAGGAGGCUGAAGAGGAUAAACGAAGCAUUCGAAGCAUUGAAGAGGAAAACGGUCCCCAAUCCGAACCAGAGGCUUCCUAAAGUAGAGAUUUUACGCAGCGCCAUCAGUUAUAUUGAAAAACUCCAGGAUUUGUUGCACAACCUGGACGAGCAGGACAGACUGUCAGAGGACGGGGCCUUUAACCAGAACCCCAGAGCAAACAACGUGGCAAGCGGUGAAUAUCGAUGGAAAAACACAUGGCAGGGAAACUCAGAUCAUUCCAGUGCAGACUCGUCCCACCAAAGAGAAGGCUGUGUGACGGAGUCUCUGGCGUCCUGCAGUCUCCGGCGUCUCUCCUCCAUCGUGGACAGCAUUUCCACCGAGGACACGAAGACAAAUGAAGGGUGAUGAAGAAAUGUUUGGAAUGCGUGAAGAAGCUCGGCUCACAUUUCCACUUUCCUUUAACUGUUUAACUUCAUCUUCAUUUCUUUACCAAAAGCAUCAUUUGGGAUUAUUCCUUGUAGCGCUGCACAAAAUGAUAAAACAAGAGUGAUGUCAUAAUGACAUUACAGAAAUGUGAUUCCAGACUUCACACAGAUUCCUGAUGACUCAUCACUAGUUACUUGUACAGUGUAUUUACUGUUAUUUUAAACAUUUUGUAUUUUAUGAAUGAAGUAAAAAACUAAACAUGAUUUGGGUUGUUAAUUGAUGGUAUUUUAAUAUUAAUUGUAUAUAUUGUGGAUCAUUUUGUGUGUCUGUAUGUGUGUGUGUAUACAGUAUGUGUGUGUGUGUAUGUGUGUGUUUGUGUGUAUGUGUGUGUGUGUGUAUAUAUAUGUGUGUGUGUAUGUGUGC